GACGCGAAGUCAUAAAACUUGACUGAAGCGCCAUUUCUAAACUCCGAUCGAUUUCUCAAUUCCGGAGAUCGGAGCAUCAUGAAGCAUUUCCUCUGCGAUUUUCGCUUCCUCCUACUUCUCGCUGCUGUGGCCUUCAUCUACAUCCAGAUUCGGCUUUUCACGACGCAAUCGCAGUAUGCUGAUCGCCUCGCCGACGCUAUAGAGUCAGAGAACCAGUGUACAUCUCAGUUGAGGUCUCUAAUUGAUCAAAUAAGCUUGCAACAAGGCCAAAUAGAAUCCAUGAAAGAACAAAAGGUACAGCUAGAGGAGGAAUGUGGACAACUGAAGGCCCUUGUUCAACAACUUGAAAGGAAAGAUGUUGAAAGGUUGAUUAACAAAGAACAGGUGCCAGUGGCAGCAGUUGUUAUUAUGGCAUGCAAUCGUGCUGAUUAUUUGGAAAGGACCAUUAAGUCUAUUUUGAAAUACCAGAGUUCUGUUGCCACAAAGUUUCCUCUAUUUGUCUCACAGGAUGGAUCACAUCCGGGUGUCAAAGAUAAGGCUUUGAGCUACGACCAGCUCACAUAUAUGCAGCAUUUGGAUUAUAAACCAGUUGAAACUGAAAGACCAGGGGAAUUGAUUGCAUACUACAAAAUUGCACGUCAUUACAAAUGGGCACUGGAUGGAUUAUUCUACAAGCAUAAAUUCAACCGAGUAAUCAUACUCGAAGAUGAUAUGGAAAUUGCUCCGGAUUUUUUUGAUUACUUUGAAGCUGCUGCAGAUUUGCUUGAAAAGGAUAAAUCUAUCAUGGCCGUUUCCUCAUGGAAUGACAAUGGACAAAGACAGUUUGUGUAUGAUCCGGAAGCACUUUAUAGAUCUGAUUUCUUUCCUGGACUUGGGUGGAUGCUGACUAGAUCGACAUGGGAUGAGCUAUCACCAAAGUGGCCAAAGGCUUACUGGGAUGACUGGUUGAGAUUACAAGAGAAUCACAAAGGUCGACAAUUUCUUCGUCCAGAAGUGUGCAGAACUUAUAACUUUGGGGAACAUGGUUCUAGUCUGGGGCAGUUUUACAAACAAUAUCUUGAGCCAAUCAAGCUGAAUGAUGUCCCUGUUGACUGGAAAGCAAUGGAUUUGAGCUACCUGAUCAAGGACAAGUAUAUAAAGCACUUUGCUGAGAUUUUGAAAAAGGCUAAACUGGUCCAGGGAGCUGAUCUUGUACUGAAGGCACGAAAUAUUGCUGGUGAUGUUCGUAUACAGUACAAUAACCAGCCAGACUUUGAACGCAUUGCCAAUGAAUUUGGAAUCUUUGAAGAGUGGAAGGAUGGGAUACCAAGGACAGCCUAUAAAGGAGUAGUUGUUUUCCGACACCAAAACCCACAGCGUAUAUUCCUUGUUGGUCCAGGUUCUCUCAAGCAGCUUGGAAUUGAUGAAUCUUGAUGCAAAGGUUUUAUGAGGCAAAAAUGUUUUUUCAAGGCUUCAACAUUGGGGUUUUUUUUUACAAAGACGACUCAGUACAAAUAGAUGACUGAUAUAAGGUAAACCUAGAGGAGCUGUAUACAUUUUUGUGUGAGUUGAGUUUCGCUGCUGGCAAUAUCUACUGUAAUUGAGAAGCUUAAACGAGAUAGCACAUCCACCAAGUAGUAGGUUUCACAUACAUGCCAUCUUUAAGGUUGGUGGUCUUCAUUGUGUACAAUGUGUUGUCUUCGAAAGUUGUAUGCAUGCUUGUUGAUCUUCACAAACAAGAAAGAAGAUGCUCUGAUUCUUGAUAAUUUUGGAAGAUUCCAUUGUAAUUUUGUUUCUUCUGUAGAAAACAUGUAACUCUAAUCCUUGUAAGGUAUCUUGAUAUAUGAUAUAGAUACACCAAAAGCGUAGGAAAUAUUCGAAUGUGAAAUGAAACUUUAGUAUUUUGCAGGCU